CCAGAGAAAACAAGAAAAAAAAACAAAAAGAGAGUGAGGAUAAACUAGAAAAAGAGAAGGAAAAAGAGAUGUGAGCCGUACGUGAUCGAUUGGCAGGGGAUAGCUGUUUGUCGCCGAUGGGUAGUAUCACACCAUUUAUGAUCCAUCAAAUGUAAUCAUAAUACAUCAACUUCCCACCAACGAUGUGUCCAAGUCCGUGGCAGAAAGCAGAGGUCGAUUACGAUGACCAAGUCCCCUCUGUUAAUCUUUCAUACAACUCAACUAGAGUUCAUGAGACUAAAGAGUACGUGUAUGAAGAAGAAGAAGAAGAUGUCGACUUCGAGUUCGUGUCGUUUCAGAAAUCCGCCGACGAGGUUUUCUUCGGCGACCACACCCGGAUGGACUCCUUCCCAUUGCAAUUUGCAAGAAGAGCAAGUCGACCGGAGAAGGAGAUAAGAGUCUGGUUUCUCCUGGGGUUGCUUGAUUAUGAUUCAAUCCAAAAGAAAAAAGAAAUCUUGAUAAAAGCUUUACAUCAAUAUUAAUAGAAAACUGUUCAAUUUCAACAGAUGUGAAAAGUCUAGUGUUUGGACAUCAAUCUCCAAAUUGCUUUCCCUUUCCUUGUUUGAAAUGUUUCAAUGCAAUUUCGGUUUGGGUUAUCAUGGAGAAAAUCUUGUUGGAAGAGGCUGGGUAUAG